AUGGGGCUCUCGGCGUCCACGCGCGUGCAGAAAUCCCUGGGCGCCGCGCCGGAGUUCACCUCCGCCUGCGCCGCCGUCUACGCCGACUGCCUCUCUCUGAGCCAGCACGCCUUCCCCGGGGUCAAGCCCUACCAGCUCUUCUCCGCUACCGCCCGCCUCCACAGCCGCCUCUCCCAAUCCCUCCGCCUCAUCUCCAACUGGCUCCCGCACCCCCCCGACCGGGUCCACGUCGACCGGGCUCUCAAGGCGGCGGUCCUCUCUCGCCGCCCGCCCCGGACCGACGAGGACGAGGACGGAAUUGUGCUCGACCAGACGGAGUUUCAGGAGUUCGCGCUGGAGGUGUUCUCCGACGCCGUCGUCUCGGCGGCGCGGCUGGCCUUAUUAAAGAGGCUGCCGCUGGGCGCCGCCGGAAUUGCGGGUGCAGCAGCCGUGGUGAAGCCCGGGAAGGACGUCGUGGUGGUGGCGAUUGGUGCCUACGCGCUCGGCGUCGCGACCUCUAUCUAUCUCAGCUUGGACGCCUGAGAUUUUAUACUCCGUUAAUUAUCUUUCUACUUUUUGCAAGUCGCCCCUUGAUCUUAUUAUUAUUGUAAAUGUUAUAGAACCUUACUCGAUUGUUCAUAUUUACUACCCCAGUAUUUAUAUAUUUAUUUAUUUUUGUA